UUGUGCCCAGCGAGGUUAUUCUCCUUAUCUCCCUAGAGUAUUUCGUUCGUGCAAAUAAAACGAAUCAGCUACCGCUGAGAGCUGCUGCAUUUUGAGAACAUUUCACCAUUCGUUGGUGAUCCGUAGUGAAGAGUGUUUCGCUGUUCCGCUGUUGUUUCGUCCAGGAUGGAUUCGACACAAGAUCCCUUCACGCGGCGCAUGCUACAACGUGCUAGCAUGCGUCGAAUUCGAGGGGGGAGCUUGCGUUGCAGUUCGGAUGAUCUGCGGAGAAAAUCGAGCAUUUUGCAAGCCAUUAAUGACAAGCCUGCAGUUAAGAUCGCAGGGAUUGCAGAUUGUGAAAUGAUCAGCCGGGGAGACUCCAAUGAAAACAUGUUUGCUGGUGACAAACGGUGCGCCCUACGAAGAACGAGUCUAACGACGAGUGAUGGUCUGAUAUCGCGACGAAGCGAUCUUCCCAAUUUUCAUUUUGCAGGCCAAGAUAGUUCCUCGCAUCUUACUGACCAGUCGAAGUCUAAUUCUGCUGACUGCCAAAAUCCUCGAGUUCUCCAACGAUCUGUGAACGGUGAGAUCCUGCCGAGAAUCGGUGUGAAUUUUGAAAGUAACGAGGAUAAAAUAAUGUCGAAAACUUGUGAAAUUCCUGCUAAAAAAUAUACAGAAAACAGCAACGACAGUGUAACGACAACUCAGAAGCGGACAAAAAGUGACGACACCGCGAAGGCGGAAACAACAGAAACUUGUUCGAAUGUGAGAAAACCGCGCUCUGGGAAAUCUGAAAAAAGAAAAGACGACGAGGGAGAAAGUGACUCGGAUUUGUCGGAGACUUUUGACCCGACUUUUUUGAAUAUGACUGAAAACUCAACGAAGGACAAGCAGCGUUCGCCGCCGACGUAUAUAAAAGGAUUCGAACUUGGUAACGUGAAGUGGCGAGGACCGCUUCACGAUGCUUGUACAACGAAAAAACUGCAACGAAAAAGGGAUGAGGAUUUUUUGGACAGGAUUGCCGAUGAUCGUGAGGCAAUAAAACGCUACUCCUGGUGUGGCAGCCCCGAGGAACCUAAACUGUUGAAGACUGUGCAAGGGGAGAUUUCGAUACCGCCCACGAUGAGACCGGAACUGAGAACAAUUGGCAAGUGUAAACAGAAAGCAAUUAACGAUAGAGUCGAAGGUUCACCCUCCAAGACUUUAGCAAAUAAAAGACCGGAUAAGAUAUCGUUGGAUGUGAACAUCACAGGUAAUUUAGCAGAGAAAAGAUUUUCAGCUAUUCCUGAAGUUCUUCCUGACUCACCGACCACCCCUCUAACCGCUGAGAUAAGACGCUUAGACGCCGAUAUUGGACGGCUGGAGUUUCAUCCGGACUUUUACACUCCGGACAACGACAUUGACCUGUCACCACCUGAUCGGAUUUACCCAAAUUUAUCGAAGAUUAAGUUCACGCCAACGGGAUACACUCCCAAAAAGCUUUACAAUUCACCUUACAAUCCUGACCAAGCGUGUACGGCAUCAACGGCUAGUAAAUCGACGGUCAGCAAAAACUGCCUUAACUUCGAUGAAAAUACAAAUUCAACCCGCAACAGCGACUCCCCGAAUAAUAUUAAUAAUCUAGCAAUGUCGAGCAGGGUUUCAGAAAGUGUAACGUCGACCAGCGGUGGGCCAAUAUCGAAUUUGGACCAGAAAACCAAAACGCCCGAGAUGAAAUGUGCCGCAAAUAAUAGCGAUGUGAGUAAGAAUGACAGAUUCAAGCCGAAUUUAGAAUCGACUCGAAAGUCUUCACUUACCGACUUGUCAAAAAAUACCGCCUCCAGUUCUCACCCUUUACAAACUACCACAUCCUCCACGAUCACGUCACCGAAAUCUCCCGAGGGUUUGGCAAGCCCGCCGAACACUUCGUCUCCGAACGAUAAGACCCUCGACUCCACAAUGCCCUAUGAUGUUGACAAUUUUUUGGCCGACGCGCUUGGGGAUGAACUUUACAACACCACCAUGACAUACCCGCCUUCCGAGGGGCAACAAAAAAGUUUCUCAGAAUUUGGCGCCAGUGACUUGGUAUCCGAAGAAAGCACGCCGGCACAGAGGAAGAGCAGUUCGGCUUUGAGGAAGACGCAGAUGACUGAAUCCCCUCAUCCGUACACCAGCACUUUCAGCAGAGGCAUGACGAUUUAUAGAUCGUUCACUCAGAGUAUUAAAAACAAACUGCGACCUGGACUCAAGUCUCAGCCAAAAACCACGAGGAACGAUGCCGCUUCAACGAUGCAGCUCAAAAGCGACGACAAGACGAUACAAACCCUCCUUCAGGAAGCAAGCAUUCAACAGACGAUAAUGUACCAGGCUAAUAAAGCACUGACCUUCUGCCACUCGAUGAAGGAAUUCUCGUCGAGUACCGAGCAGGUUGAAUCGGAGAGAUCACUUCUGGUCGCAGGCCUGAGGAAAACUGCUAUCCUCGAAGAAAUCAAACGGCGACAAAAUUCGGAGCUAAACAAUAACGUCGAGGAGCCUUGCGAAACGGGUGAAGUUACGAUAAAGAACUUCAGUCUACCACUGAAAGAGGAUAUACUCGAAUUCGAGUCCAGGACGGGGGACUUUGUCCAAUGGUUCGUGAUCACCGUUUCCCAAGGACCGUCCGUAUGGGCCACCAGACCAAUAUCCUGCCCGCUACAAAGUCCUAGGAUUAUAUUCCCGGACACAUUUUUCAUCCCCAACCUCGUCCCGAACUUCAAAAUCACCGUCAGGAUCUACUGCUUGAAACUCCGCAGGACCACUUUCAAUUACGACGACAAAUAUCACCUGAACAAGGCUGAAAAACACGCGACGUGUCCCUCCCCCAAGAAGCUGAUACUUAGAAAAAGUGAGAAGCCUAUUUCACCGGGAAAACAGCGCCAGAUUGAGUCUGCACCGAUCAGAAACACCUCCUUCGUACUUUCAGGGACGGUGGAACUGUAUCUGCACGAUCUGAGCUUGACUUCGCCAUGGCCCUUGACUUCCGUAUUACAAGGAAGCGUUCUUCGCGGUACAAUCGACCUGACGCUUUCCUGCAAGCUCCACUUGUCGGUUUCCCACGCUGGUUUUUUGACCCACGGUGACGAGGCCGGUGGUUUUGCGGCUUGGAACCGGAGAUGGUGCGUCCUUCAGGGCCAAACUCUGAUGUUUUGGAAUUAUCCGUGCGACCAGGAAGACAAGGAACCGCUGACUACCAUCGAUCUUACCAAUUGCAUCUCAUCCGAGAUAAGUACCGUCGAAAGAUCGAUGUGCGCCAAGCCGAGGACCUUGCUGAUAGAAACCUUCAGACAGAGGAGUGUGUUGGACAGAAAUAGCAUGUUACUCGAGUGCCGAUUGUCCUGCACUGUAGUUCGAAACCUGUUAUGCUGCGAUACGGUGAAAGAAUUAAACCAAUGGAAAUCGAAUCUUAAUCGCGUGGUUUCAGCGUUGCGGGAUUGGAACGUGACCUGCCGAUUUCCUAACGAGCAAGUCUCCGACUUGUGAUUUCCCAUUUUUUACAUCAUGUGUUUCAUCUGACGUCUGUUAUUUAUGAACUGCAAUUUUAAUCGUGUCUUUGUUAUUAAUAUUUUUGUAACAAACUUAUUGCGUGUGCCUGUAACAAUUUAUUAUUACUGACGGACAUACCAAACUCUGUUACGUACAGCGUAUAUGUUUUAAAAAUGAUGGUACUAUACCAUCCAAUGACUUAUCAUUCUAUCAAUGUGCAUAAAACACAUACAUAUUACAUACUGACAAAACGAAAGAAAUAAAAUUCGGAACGUGGACAGAAUUACGAAUUCUUAGGUACUUUUAAUUAUCGAUAACAUUUGUACAACUUUGAAUCACACAAGUUGGUAGCUAAAUUAGAUGACAUUUUGAACAAGUGAACCAAUUUCCAUGCACCUUAAACAUUAAUAAA